CAGUAAUAGCUUCCACGUCGUAGACCUCAUUCUCUUUCUCUUCCCUCUUUCGACUCCUUUGCUUUCCAAUACACCACCUUCUCUGUCUCUGUCUCUGUCUCUGUCUCUCUCUGUAGUACCCAAGCUUUGAUGAGCCGCUGCCUAAUCAAAGCCAUCGAAGCAACCCAUUGCAACUAUCAAAUUUUGACAGAUGGGGGUUGACUGCUAGCUGUCAUGCAUUUAAUUGGUGGAAGUGCUCACAAUUAAGUGCCAAGAUAGAGUUUGAAAAUUGUACAAGUUUUGGGGAGACAGAUUUGGGACCGUUUGGAAUUGGUAGUUGGUAGAAAUAGGUAGAAGUUGAAAGACGUCUAGAGGCAGAAUAUGAAUAUGAAGCAAAUGUCAACAAGUGGAGGGGAACUUAGUGUAGUAGAGAUUGAAGGGAGGGGCAGAGCAUUGGUGGCAACUCAAUCACUGAGGGCAGGCCAAAUCAUCCUCAGAGAUUCUCCUAUCCUUCUCUACUCUGCAUUCCCUCUCUUCCCUUCUUCUGCCACCUCUUCCUCUUGCAAUUGCUACUGCGACUACUGCUUCAAAACCUUACAGGCAUCUUCAUCUUCCUCAACCUCAAUCAAUCCUUGCCCUGAGUGUUCCGUUCAUCUCUUCUGUAGCCCCAAGUGUCUUACUGCUGCCCGCUCGUCAUCUCACUCUCCGUGGGUCUGCGAAUCCCUUCGUCGCCUACGAGAUUGUCCUUCCUUACUCCCUCAACAGCCCCUAGAAUGCCAGGUUCAAGCUCGUUUCCUUCUUGCUGCAUACAACCUGGCACUUGUCUCCCCUUCUCAUUUCCAGACUUUGCUUACUCUUCAAGGACAGCGAUCAUGUCUAAACUCUACAGAUUCUAUUGCCACAUCUGCCCAAUUCCUGCACUCCCUCAUUUCAUCCCUAUGCACUCCUCCUCCUCCUCCACAAAUUCCACUUCCUCAGGAGGGUUGGUUUUCCAUAGAGCUCUCAGCAACUCUUUUGGCCAAGGACAAGCUUAAUGCUUUUGGCUUAAUGGAGCCUGUAUCUGAGGAUGGCCACAGAUCUGUCAGAGCUUAUGGCAUCUAUCCCAAAGCCUCUUUCUUCAACCAUGAUUGCCUCCCAAAUGCCUGCAGAUUUGAUUAUGUAGACACCAAUCCUGGCCCCUACAACACAGACAUUAUUGUCAGGAUGAUCCAUGAUGUUCCCCAGGGUAGGGAGAUUUGUUUGAGUUAUUUCCCUGUAAAUGAGAAUUACCCCAACAGGCAGAGGAGGUUGAUGGAAGAUUAUGGCUUCACCUGUCACUGUGACCGGUGCAAGGUUGAAGCCAAUUGGUCUGACAAUGAUGAUGAUGAUGAUGAUGCGCUGGAUGUUGAGCAAGAGGAGGAGGAAGUUAUGGAUGAGGACACGGAUCAACAAAUGGAAGCAGCCUCAGAAUCAGGCAAUGAAGAUGGAGGCCAAGCAGACUCUGAUUUUCCCCAUGCCUAUUUUUUUUUAAGAUACAUGUGUAGUAGAAACAAUUGCGGGGGCACGCUAGCACCUUUGCCCCCAACAGGUGAUUCUUCUUCUAAUAUUAUGGAAUGUAAUGUGUGUGGCAACCUGAAAAAUGAUGAUGGUGUUGGUGGGGAUGGAAAAGGGGAGCUAUCUAUGGAUGAGUAAAUGGUCUCUUUCUGCUGCUUAGGUAAUUUAUUGGUAUGUUCUUUCUACAUUUUACUCACAUGGUGUUUUUUCCUUUAUUAUCUUAUGUAACCUAGACAUCAACUUAAUGGUAGCAUUGCUUUGUUUUCUUCA